UGUCCCGUUCACAACACAGAGGGCCUGUGCUGUUUGGCAGUCAUGAAUACGAGCUAACUCCCUAGCGGUAAUGCGCUGUUAAUUUCCAGAGGAACGCGACCAGAUUGUAAAACACAUCACCAAGUAUCACUCCGUAUAUUGGGCCCAACAUUUAUUUCGAGACUAUCGGUUUGUAGACAGCUAUGGGUGGGCUGGGAAACGGGCGUCGUGGAGGAAGAUCACCGCCUCUUAUGAUUGGUGCUCUAAUCGCCUGUAUCCUGGUUCUGGGCUUUAACUACUGGGUGUCCAGCUCCCGCAACCUGGAGCUACAGACUAAGCUGUAUGAGUUGGAAGGCCAGGUGCGGCGUGGAGCAGCCGAGCGAGGAGUAGCAGAGUUGAAGAAGAAUCAGUUCCAGGAGGAGAUCCAGAGACAGAAGGAGCAGAUAAGCCACAUAGAAAGCCUCUACAAGAGACAGCUGGAAGGAUCUCAGAACACCUGCAGCCAAGAGAAGGGCGCACUACAGCAGAACAUUUCCUCCAGUACCAAAACCAUACAGGAACUCAAAGAUCAGCUGAACCAGCUAAAUGAUGACCUGGGGAAGCUUCAGAAGGAGCUGCAGAGUUGCCAAGGCAACAUCAAAACCCUUAACAACAAACUUACUUAUGACAUGACCCAUUGUCAGUCCCAGGUCCUGUCCCAGAAGGAGUUGUGUGAUGAGAGAGUGGCAGCUGCUAAACUUGAGGUUCAGAAGAAAAUGGAGAAGCUCGUCUCUCCUCCAGCUGUCUCCUCACAGGAAAAUGCAGUUAAUGGAGCAUUAAAAGAGGAUGGAGCAGUCAUUACGGUGGCUAAUGCAGCUAAGUCAUCAACUGUUGGAAGCCACACACCAAGCCUCUCUCAGCCCAAAGACAAUGAACCAUCUGAACUCUUGACCAAUGACAUCAUCGUGGACAAAGGGUCCGAUGCCCAGGUGGACUUGGAGCCAGCGAAGGAUCUCUCCGAAGUAGAGUCCCAGUCUGUUCCCUCAGCUGCUGCAGUCAAGCAGGACACUUUGCUACCACCAGAGGGCACUGUCAUGACAGAGGAGAUUGAGGCAGAGACCAGUAAACUUGUGAAGAAUAAUCUGACUGAGGAGAAAGACAUGGAACUGAUGGAUGCUCAUGAAGAGGGCACUCACACAGAAGACCCUGGGAUGGAGGGUAUGCUGAUUGGACGGGGAAAGGAAGAUGAGAAUCCUAUUGGUCAGAAAACUGAGGAGCCAGAGGAAUAUGAUGCAGACGAGCAAGUGGUGGGUGGAGUCGAUCUGGAGAAACAACAGCAGAGUAAACGGCCUGAAAAUAUAGACUUGGAGCAGGAGCUGGCUGACUAUAAUGGCGAUGAUGAGAAUGAAGGCGAGUUUGAAGCAGACAAACAAGCCGAACUUGCUCAAGUCUAAAGUGCUGGAGUUGGAGAAUGAGCCUGAACACCACAUUAGGAAGAAGGACCCCUGUACACCUGAACAGGUUAAUGCAGCCCUCCAAACACAGAGGAUACAAAACAAACCCAGAUGGAAAUUUCUAUAAGACAGAGUUGACGUGAUAUUCGGUCGGGUAGGUUGCCUAAGCAUUUGCUUCCUGGAAUGUCUCUUAUGUCAUCUUAAUUGCAUUUGUAUAUUUCAUUUGAUUACAUGUUCUCAGAUAUUUCAUCAGUUGGGAUCGUCAGGUUCUCUGUGUUAGAGUAAGAAUAUUCACAACUAUAUCCAAUGCACAAUAUUGUGGAAGAGCCACAAAAAAUGGCUGAAAUAUGCAACUGUCAGCUAAGUGUGUGUACUCAUAUUUCCAUUCUCAUGUGUUUCACUGUAUACAUAUAGCCCUGAGGUGACUUUGUUGCAGUGACUGUGUACUCCUCAUCUCAACAGUUUACACGAGUUGGCUUAAAAAUGGAUCAUCUCAAUAUGCCUGGAAAUUGCUAGAUUUUAUUUAUGCGAUUAGAUGUGUUGUUUAUGUUUGCUCUGUAGUAACUGGAACUUGAGUGCAAUAUAAGUGAUGAUAAUGUGCAGACCCUUACAGGGUUGUGAGGUGUGAAUAUGAUCUACUGUAAGUGAUCCCAAUGACAGAACUCACCCAUCAGAGGGAUCUGCAGCACAGGUCUCUUCUCUCUCACAGAUUCAACAUCAUCCGAAACAAUGCCUUAAGUUUCCCAUGCACAGAGCCUGUCAUAAAAAGGAUGCUGACUUUAGGCCGAUGGACAGGACAGUUUGCUCUCCAAAACGUCUGUCAGUGAAUGCAAAUGAGGCUUUCUGUAGGCUAACAGCAACAAAUGAAGGAAAUGUGCUGAGAGUCUUGUUAGACUGCUGAGUCCACUUAUGCUAAACCCAGUCAUAUGGCAAAGAAAACCAAAACACUCCUUGAUUCCCAUGGUAACCAAACAUGAUUUUCAAAGUAAGGUAGGCUGAACAGACAUGCCAUAUAACAAGCAGGCAAAUUCAUCUUCUGGAUCAAAUACUGAUGUAACUUAGUCAGGUUUUAAACACACUUUAUUAUCAAAUGACAUUUUUGAUCAGUCGGUAAUUUUAGAUCAUAAACUGUCACAUUUACAAUCAGUAAGACGUAAAAACAGUUGUAGAUUAUAAUUAGGGGAUAGUUUGGAACACCAGGUUAAUAUUUGCCGAUCAACCAUCUUAUUUUCUUUUGGCACAUGCCUUAUUGAUUCUGUGUACACCAGUUCCCCCUUGCAGUCAGUUAGUUGCUUCACAGUGGAGGUCGGACGUAGAGCCGUCUUACAUGUUUACUGGACCUGCUCCAAGUUUUGUGAAAUCACUUUGUGGUUACUGCCUCUGGCCUGCUGAAUUGAAUGAACUGAAGAUUUUUGAGAAUUGCUGUAACGUUGUGAAGGAUAUUUCCUUGAAGCCGGAACAGUGUGUCGUGCUGUGGGGUUCCUGCAGAUCCAGUAGAUGUGAAGUAUUCGGUAGCUGUGCUAAAAUGUAAGAGUCCAUUGACCCAAAGCUGCACUAGACUGGAAAUCGUGUGGGUGAGCACAAACAUGAACUAAUUUUAGAUAGGAAAUAACAAGUUAGUGAAAUUUUGUGGCAGGAUCUUUUGUUGCCUUGUGUUUUAUACAGGACAGAUGAUUUAUUUUAUUUUCCAGGUAAUCUGCUCUAUUUAAAAGUGGUGACUUUGACUAAACACUCAGUGAGUUGUAGUUGUAAUUGCCAUCAUUUCCAUAAAGGUUUGACAUUCAUAAUCAUGUAGUGGAAAGUUAUCUUCCAUUAUUUGCCAAUCUGAAGCUGGGUGAUGACAGGAGGUGAUAAAGUGUGUUGUACUGUAUAUACAGUUCAGCUCUUGUGCACCUGUCUGGAACAAAGACAGGUGUGCAGGAGACAACUGACGUUUGAUCACUGAAAGGUCUUCUGUCCAUUUUAUACUGGUGCAAGCUAAGGCUGAAGCUGCUGAGCUGCUUCUGUUCCUGAGGUUUCCCAAUGUGUGCUGAAUCUUAGCUAAAUGUCUCUACAAUUACAAAAUGCACAAGACCUGUAGUUUCUCUUUUGACUUAAAAAGCCCAUACAUCAGCUUCAAAGAAAAUGUAUAUACAGUACAUAUAUGGAGCAUUGUCAUUUUCUGUGUAUUUUUCUCUAACUCUAACAUCCCCGUUGUUCGCAUUAGAGGUACAAAAACACAUCGUCAUCAGAACCUUUUCAUGCAUAAUUUGAGUGAAUGAUUCAAAACAAAGUUGCUUUUUUUGGUACAAUUUUAGCUUUCUACCAAAAGUAAAAAUAAGAUGGAAUAAUACACUGUUUUAUACAGGUUUCCAUGUAAAAUCAACAUGUUGUUUAAUGUCUUGGAAACUUUGGAGGAAUUUAAAGUAAGUUUGUGGGUUUACAGAAUGCUCAACCACAAAUCCUGUUGUCCAUGUUUUUUUUAUAUUGGAGCCCAUGAAGAGUCUGUAACGUAUUGCAAACAGCAUUUCAGUGGCAAUUCAUAUUAUCAGCUCAAAUUUAAGAUAAUGUCUCCUCCUAAGCAUUAUCCGUUAACUUCAGGAGGAGUGAGGAGUGUUGAGUGCUGACGACAGAUUGUUUCCCUUUUUGUCGAUCUUGCAGGAGAAAUAUUGUUUCUGACAUUUUUUUUAUGUCAUUUUAUUUUCAAAGUUGCUGUUAUUUGUGGCUGGUUUUGUAGUCUGACAACACAAAGCUUGGACAACUACUGCUUUGUUUUGUCAGAAAUCUUUGUCUGCCUAUGUACAAAUUAAAAAACGUCCUGUUUUCGGAACAUGGACAGAAAAUGUUAAUGACGUUGAAAUGAUUUUUAUAAAUUUAAUUCACUUUUUUGUUGAUUUCAUGUUUAAAUGUGUAUUUUAUUUUGAACUGCUGAACAAAUUUGUGAAAGGUUUAAAUAUUCAUAGGCUUUAAUGAUGAUAGAGAAUAAAACUUGUUUUUAUUACCACUA